AUGUCGUCAAUCCAAAACCUUCCGCAAGAAUGUUUAUUAAAUAUAUUAACCCUUGCAAAUUCAAAUUUUUAUUCAUGUAUCCAAGUAAAUAAACGUUGGAGCAAUAUAAUUGUACCGACGUUAUGGAGUCGACCGUUUAAUGACCCGUUAAUGCCGACGACUCCAAAUGGUGUGAAGUUAAUGGACACUUAUAUUUCUUGUUUAAGUAUAAGACAAAAGCAAUAUUUAAACAAUGAAGGUAUUUCUUUGCAACAAAAUUCUACUACGGCAAUGACAUUGCCAAGAAUUAAUUAUCCAGAAUAUUUACAAGAAUUAGAUUACGAAGUACUUGAACAAUUUACCCGACGUUGGAUAUUGGAAAAUUAUCACUCCGAACGAGAUUCUUCGAUACAUUUGGACAUUUAUAUAGAUUCUUUAGAAUCUUGGGAAACGGAAUAUUAUAAUAAACAAUCACAAAAAUUAUUAUCAUGCUUGUAUUCAAUGUUUAUUGAAAAAAGCACACAAGUAACAUGCUUUAAUUUUUAUUCUUCCGACGAAUUAUGCCUUGAUUUACCAAGCUUGUCCGAGCGAACAUCUUAUUCGACGACGAACAGAUUGUUAAGAACGAUCGAUGAACAACCCUUAUGGAAUUUAAAAACGUUUAUAUGCAAGAUCGAUGGAUAUGAUCUGCACUUAAAGAAUUUAAUGAAAUUCAUGGAAAACCUUUCGAAAAAAUGCAAAACAUUAGAAGUCUUAGACAUUUCAUUGAUAAAUCGACAUGAAAUAAAAAUCUGCAAUCAAUUGGCAGCUAUGAUUGAGAAUCAAAGCAAUCUAAAGGAAAUAAGGUUGCAUGCCACUAAUUAUGUUGGUAUUAAUAGGAUAAUUGAUGUAUUAGUUAGUACUCAAAGGGAUAGUUUAUUGAAUAUACAGUUUGUGAAAGUUGAUUUUGGUUGUUCUAAUAACAUUAGUGGUUUAUUAGAUUCUUUGAAUGAACUUAAUGAAUUGGAGAUGUUGGCUUUGAUUCAUUGUCAUGGAUUCAAUCCAUAUCAAAUUCACUGCAUAAAUUUAAAUUAUUCAUUAUGUAUUCUAACAUAA